GCUGAGGCUGUGCAGCCGCAGUCAGUGCUCGGCCAUGGGGAAGGUGCAGCUCUUCGAGAUCAGCCUGAGGGACAGCCGGGUGAUCUACAGCCCCGGGGAGUCACUGUGCGGGACUGUCACCAUCAGGACCACCGCGGCCCUGCCCUACAAGACCAUCAAGGUGAACUGUGUCGGCUCAUGCGGGGUCUCUAACAAAGUGAAUGAGACGUCCUGGAACGUAGAAGAACCGUACUUCAAUGGGACGUUGUCGCUGGCUGAUAAAGGGACGCUGCAGCCGGGAGAGCACACCUUCCCUUUCCAGUUUCUGUUGCCAGAUUCAGCACCCACCUCCUUCGAGGGGCCGUUCGGAAAGGUGCUUUACCAGGUGAAGGCCGUUAUAGAAACGCGGAGACUUUCCAAAGAUUACAGAAGCAGUAAGCCGUUCUACAUCCUGAGGCCCCUGGACCUGAAUGAAAUCCCAGAUAUCGAGCAAUUAAGCUGCUCCACCGCCACCAAGAAGUUUAACUACAAGCUGGUGAAAUCGGGGCAACUUUUACUGAGUGUGACCUCCGACCUCCGGGGCUAUAUAGUGGGGCAACCUAUUAAAAUUCACACAGAGCUAGAGAAUAAAUCGGGCCGGGACACUGGAGCCAUCGUGGCGAGCCUUAUUCAGAAAGUCGCUUAUAGAUCGAAACGUUCCAUCUAUGACCUGAGGACCAUCGCAGAGGUGGAGGGGGCAGCGGUUAAGGCCUGGAAGCAUGCGGUUUGGGACGAGCAGAUUCUAGUGCCUGCCCUUCCUCAGUCCAUCCUACAAGGCUGUAACCUCAUCCAGAUCGAAUAUUAUCUCCAGGUCACGGUGAAGAGCCCGGAGGUCUCAGUCACAUUACCCAUCUACAUCGGAAACGUACCAGUCAACCUGUCUCGACUAGGUUUAAGACACUCCAUAUCGCACGCCCCAGCGCCCAUUGUUCCCAGCGCGCCUCCUGCUGACUAUGAUCAGUGCAGCAGCAACCAGCCGAUGGACAAUGUCUCUAUUCCCACCAAGUGCCACUCGCAGCAACAGUCGAACGCCCCCUUCUGCUACGCGCCCGAACUGAACUUUACAGACUCCCGGGAGACCGAGGCAGGAACUCUGGGAUCCCCCUCACACCCUACCCUCUGCCUGUCUACAGGCGCCACUGUCCCCUACUAUGCCGAGGGAGCGGUUGUUCCGGUACCUACAGCCAGCAUGCUGAUUCUACCCCCGGAGUAUAGCACAUGGGGUUAUCCCUACGAUGCGCCCCCAUCGUACGAGCAGAGCUGCAAUGAAGCGACAGUCAGUAACGGCAACUGAGUGGUCACCGGUCACGUACAAGACACUCCGACAUUUGGUGGACUAUUUUAUUUUUAAAGGGGAGGUAUUUUAUCAGUGAACUUACCCCCUCCCCAGAUCACUGCAGCUGGACUUGGCAUUUAAGGAGACGCUCCGCACUCCCGGCCUGUCGUACGUCUAUGGAAGACCUUAAGUUAUAGAUUUCUAAGCACCCGUGAUGCCUUAUUUAAAAAAAAAUGAACUUCGAAGUCAGUGCUUUGGAACCUGCGGCUCCUCUACUGCUGUGAGACUACAACUCCCAGCAGACCGUUAUUUUAAACCCUGUCUAAAUAUAUAAGCGAAUGAGUGUUAGAUGGCUAGUGUUCUUUGAGAGAGGAUGCAUUUUUUUUUUGAUUAUUCGCCUUUAAAUCCUGCUUUUGAGACCGUUUUCUGUAUGGCCGUCGUAGGAAGACUAAUUGGAAUGUUAUUUAUCCUGUGAUCAUCUGUUUUAUGGUUGCGUUCCAUUAAAAUCCGCCGUUUUAUGUCGGACACAGUCACUGAGGCACCUCCUGUACUGAAGCCGUGAGCUCCAGCUUGCUGGGACUUGUAGUCUUAAAGAUGGCUGGUCUAUUCAGACACAUUCCGUCGGGUAGGAUAUUACUAGUUACUUGUCAGAUGCUAUCGGCGCGGUCCACUCCUCAUCUCAUAUAAAUUCGUAUCCAUAGCGUAUUUACCAUGAAGAGUUUCUGGAAACCAUCAUCAAGCAGACUGACUUCUGUUGACAGAUCCUAUGGAUAUAUUUGUAUUCUAAUAAGGGAAGGACUGCUCAGCCACUUACCUUACAGAUGCUGAUUAAGGCUGGCGGUGCCGUGACCAAAAUGGUGCCGACUAGUAGACCAGCGCGCUUUUCAAAUCGACUGCAGCUAAACGCAUUUUCAUUGUUAAUGGCUGCCUGAUAAAUUGUGAGCUGCAUAACCGCACGGUCGUUGGUCAUUUUGAAACCCCCGACCAAUGACGUGUGAACCCGGCUUUACGUCUGACACGGGUACAGAGUAUUCAUGUCUUAAUAAUCAGGGCUAUUACGGAGCCACUUGGAUCCGCCCCAUUACUCCAAGUGCUAGCUAAAAACAUCCAAGACCUGUGGAUCCAUCAACAGCAUCAGCGCUGGCGGUUUCCAUGCACCCAAUGGAGCGCCUGCCUUACGUUAUACACUGUGAAAAUCCAUUUAAAGAAUUAGUGAUGCAUAAUCUACUCAUUUCAAUUCUGCUUGCUAAGGCCCUGUUCACGUUUCUGUUGUGGCGCUCCGACCCGUCCAUCUUCAGCCACAUGUCACCGGACCUCAUUGACUUAGGCCUCUUGCACACGAACGUUUCUUUUCUGUUUCCGUUCCGUUUUUUGCGUACUGUAUACGAAACCAUUAAUUUCAAUGGUUCCACAAAUAUAACGGAAGGUACUCCGUAUGCCUU